ACAAGAUUUUUGUCAACGGUUGAACACAAAGUACAACACUGUAGAUUCUUGUCCUUCCUUUUCCUUUUUCCACCAUAGAUUCAUUCUCAUAUCAAAACAUGGAACUCCUCAAACUCCUAAGGUUGGUGGUUGCUGUGUUACUCUCUUCAACUGCCACACCAGAAGCAUAUGUUAGGCCUCUUCCUCGGAAAAACUUGGACUUAGGAGGAGGCUUCAGAUGGCCAUGGGAUUCAAAAACCAAUUCUCAACCCCAACAGGUGCACAUUUCUUUAGCAGGAGAGAAGCACAUGAGAGUUUCAUGGAUAACUGAUGAUAAAAACUCACCUUCUUAUGUAGAAUAUGGAAAAUCACCUGGCAUAUAUGAUUUAGUAGCCGAAGGAGAUUUCACUUCUUAUAGUUAUAUGCUAUAUAGCUCAGGAAAGAUACACCAUACUGUGAUUGGUCCUUUGGAAUACAACACUGUGUACUAUUAUCGAUGUGGUGGACAAGGUCCAGAGUUCAAGCUUAAGACUCCUCCAGCUCAAUUCCCAAUUACAUUCGCCGUUGCCGGGGAUUUGGGGCAGACUGGCUGGACCGAAUCGACAUUAGAUCAUAUAGAUCAGUGUAAACACCAUGUGUACCUGCUUCCGGGAGACCUUUCCUAUGCCGAUUAUAUGCAGCAUCUAUGGGACUCCUUUGGGAAGCUAGUGGAGCCACUUGCUAGUUCAAGGCCAUGGAUGGUAACUGAGGGGAACCAUGAAGAGGAGAAUAUACCAUUGUUGAAGGAUGGUUUUGUGUCCUAUAAUUCCAGAUGGAAGAUGCCAUUUGAAGAGAGUGGAUCAACAUCAAAUCUCUACUAUUCUUUUGAAGUUGCAGGUGUUCAUAUUGUUAUGCUUGGCUCCUAUGCAGAUUAUGAUGAGUGGUCAGAACAAUACAGAUGGCUAAAGGCAGAUCUAUCAAAGGUGGAUAGGAAAAGGACACCUUGGCUGGUUGUGUUGUUUCAUGUACCAUGGUAUAAUAGUAACAAGGCUCAUCAAGGUGAAGGAGAUGCUAUGAAGGCAGCUAUGGAGUCAUUGCUUUAUGCUGCUAGUGUUGAUUUAGUUAUUGCUGGGCAUGUUCAUGCUUAUGAACGCUCGAAGCGCGUGUAUGACGGAAGACCGGAUCCUUGUGGUGCUGUGCAUAUAACUAUUGGUGAUGGAGGAAAUAGAGAAGGCUUAGCUCAUAGGUAUAUAAAUCCACAACCAAAUUGGUCGGAAUUUCGCGAAGCUAGUUUCGGACACGGCGAGCUGACAAUGGUUAACUCAACUCAUGCUUACUGGAGUUGGCACAGGAAUGAUGAUGAUGAGUCAGUAAAAGCUGAUGAUUUCUGGAUAACCUCUUUGGUUAGCUCGAGAUGUGUUGAUGACAAGAGCCAUGAACUCCGGAGUAUGCUUAUGACACCAUAAAAGCCUCAGAUCCGCCGGUGCCAUCCCUUAACUUGGUGGAUUAGCAAGAGUAUAUAUGACACUACUAGCAGCUUGAAAGGACUAUAUAGAAUAUAGAUUGAUGAUACUGAAGCAUUUAGCAUAUUGAAACUGGUUCUGAUUGUAUACUUGUAUAUUUGAGUGCUCAAAAGACAGAGAAAUAUAAUUAAGUCAUCAACUUUUAGUGUAAUGAUGAUGUUCUCUUGGAUGGUGUUACUUGUAUUGUGAGAACUUGUUAGCUU